GCGAUUCGCUCAACACAACUAGUCAAUUAAUUUGCAAACAUGGUCAACUACAAAACUUGGAUGAAAGAAGUCAAUGAUGACACCAGCAUCGGAAAAUUGUCAAUUCCUGGUACCCAUAAUUCGGCUGCUUGUCACACUGCUUUGCCAUCAGUGCAAUGUCAAGGAGAAUCAGUUACUGACCAGUUGAAACACGGUGUCAGAUUCUUGGAUAUCAGAUGUGGAAAGUUAUUCCUCAAAGAAGGUGAUGAGGCCAAAGACUUGCAAGUUAUUCACGGUAAAUUUCCUGUCAAGAUUCCAUUCCCCGAAAAAUUAACUGAUGUAUUGGAAGAAGUGUAUGAUUUCGUAGGAGACAAUGAUUCGGAAACUGUGAUUGUAUCUUUAAAGCAAGAGGGUACUGAUGACUGGAACAAUGAUGAUGACGAAUUUGCCAACUGUAUUUGGGAUAGGUACAUCAACAAGAACAAAGACAAAUGGUAUUUGGAAAACAAUAUUCCUAGAUUACAAGAUGCAAGGGGAAAAGUCAUUUUGUUUAGAAGAUUCGGUCUCAAGAACCAAGACAAAGAAAAUUCAUUUGGUUUUGAUGCUCAUACUUGGAAGUAUAACACCACUAAUGACGACCGUGGCACCUUUGCUGUGCAAGAUUUCUGUGAAUUGGAAGAUGCUAGCGCCAUUGAAAAGAAGGUUGAUUAUGUGGCUGACUUUGCUAAGAAUGCCAUUGAGUACAACAGCUCCAACAGUGAUCCAAAGUUAUUUGUUAACUUUGGCUCUGGUGCCAAUUUCUUCAACACUGAGUGUUGGCCGGAAAAGGUUGCUAUUAAAAUGUCUGAUGGCCACAUUGACAAGCACUUUGGAAAGGGUAAUGGUGUGAUUGUUUUAGAUUACGUUGAAAGAGAUGACUGGAAGUUGGUCAAGAAAUUGAUUGACCAUAACUUUUGAUCAAGUUCUUGUUGUAUCAAUGAUUUGAUCCGUAUUGUUUUAGUUAAUGAAUCACUU